UACAGCACUCUGGUCUGUCAGGAGGGUGUGUGGUGGCCGUGUGACAGAUUGGUGACGUGGAGAAGCAUGGAUUUGUUUAUUUAGCUAUUUUUGUAUAUAUUGUUCUUCCCGUUUUCCUCUCCAUGAUGUGAUGUUAUACGAAUCUGCACACUCUUAAUGAAGAUCACGAAGGGGAGAGCGGCAGAAGACAAAUAUAUGAACAAAGUAAUUCGUAGAUGUGACAAGUAUACCAAGGCUGCGCCCAUGUCGUUCCCACAGUUCAGCCUGAGUGACAUGAUGCGGGGGAAGAGUAAGGACGAGGUGAAGAGGAAACACAAGCAUGAGGUCACGCCCCUCAUCCCCGGGCCUGGAGACGAACGCGAGUCGAGAGUGGGACGGAUAGACUGGUGUCACUGCAAAAACUGUGUCCGCGUGCAAACCGAGGAGGAGUGUUACUGUUGCCACGAGGACGAGGAGGCGUGGCAGCGGGCGCUGGGGGAGGGCGCGGGCGAGGAGCGGCGGCCCAUUAACUGCCUGGUGGAGCAUCCCUUCUUCACCUCCGUCUGCCUCAACCCCUACGCCCUCAAGGCACUCCACAGCAGGGACUCCAAGCUGUUUGAGGACGAUGAGGACGCCCCGAGCUACCAGAAGUACCGCCUCACCGCCUUCCGCGCCUUCGUCGAGUUCUUUCACGGCCAGCUCGAGGAGGACGUGCAAGGCCCCGUCCCCGCCUGCGCCGCCGCCACCAUACGAGGGGUCUUCAAGGAGCACCCCUUCAUCCUCGGCCUGCCCGGGUACACGCCUGUCUGACCUGCCUCCUGCGUGUAUCCUACCUGUCUUCCUGUGUCUCUUCUCGGAUGGCCUGUACUGUGUUUGACCUGUAAGAGAUAUUCCCCUUGUAGCCUUCCUGCCUGCUCUGGUGACCUGUAAAUGUGUGACCUGUCUUUAGUGUGCCAUCUGCCGGCCUUCCUGUGUCUACUGAUGGCCUGUAUUAUGUUUGAGAUGCCUCUCGUGUGAGUGGUGGCCUGUAACAUAUGACCUGCCUUCCUGUCCCUCUUUGAUGACCUGUAAUAUGUUUAACCUGCCUUCUGUGUGAGUUGUGACCUGUGAGAUGUUUGACCUGCUCCUUGUCCCCUUCCUGUUCUCCCUGGCAACCCUGUAAGAUGUUUGACCUACCCUCUGAAUUUCUGGUGACCUGUAAAUUGUUUGACCUGUCUUUUGCCUGCCCUAGUAACCUGUGAGAUGUAUGACUUGCCUCCUGUCUCCUUCUUGCCUCUCCUGGUGACCUGGAAGCAGUAUGACCUGUCUCCUGCCUGCUCUGGUGACCUGUAUACUGUUUGACCUGCCUUCCGCCUGCCCUGGAUUGUUCGACUUUCCUCCUGCCUGUAACCUGCACACCCAUCACCACCACCUGUCUGCUCCCUUGUGACCCCC